AAGCAAGCAAGCGACCCACUCUCAAACCGACACGCAGCCCUCGCUUUAGACCAAAAGUAAAGCAAGCAAGCUUGCGUCUCUCCCCUUCCCAAAUGUUCUAAAGCUAAAACCCUCAUCAUCACUGAUUAACCCCCAAACGGAAAAAUCAAAAGCAAACCUUCAAAGCCACAAACGUAAUCGCUUGCUCAGAAAGUGAGUAAAGGGUAUUCUUGUGGGGUAGUAUUACUAUUGGGGUCCUUACUUGAAGGUUGGACGACGGUCCAAGCAGCUGCAGGGAGCUAGGGACUGGGUUGGGAGUGGGAGAUGGCUACUCUGGCCCCUGCUAUUUUCCUCUCUCCCAGGCUUAAACCUUCUCUGUGCCAGCAGCAUCCCUCACUCCUCAUCUGCACCAGAAGAAGAAGAUCCAGGAAGAGCCACUCUGUUCUUGUUCCUGUUGCUAGGUUGUUCGGGCCGGCGAUUUUUGAAGCUUCCAAGCUGAAGGUUCUGUUCUUGGGGGUGGAUGAAAUGAAACACCCUGGAAAGCUUCCUAGAACUUACACGCUUACGCAUAGCGAUGUAACGUCAAAGCUCACUCUGGCUAUCUCUCAAACCAUAAAUAACUCCCAGCUGCAGGGGUGGUACAACAAGUUGCAAAGGGACGAAGUGGUUGCAGAGUGGAAGAAGGUUAAGGGGAAGAUGUCGCUCCACGUUCAUUGUCACAUAAGUGGAGGUCAUUUCCUGUUGGAUUUGUGUGCUAAGCUUAGAUUCUUCAUUUUCUGCAAGGAACUCCCUGUGGUUCUGAGAGCGUUUGUUCAUGGAGAUGUGAACCUUCUGAACAACUAUCCAGACUUACAGGAAGCUCUGGUUUGGGUUUAUUUCCAUUCAAGCAUUCCAGAAUUCAAUAGAGUGGAAUGUUGGGGACCCCUUGAAGAUGCAGCAGCACCCUCUAACGGAGUCGGCAUGGAUCAAAUGGACAAGACGAUGGUGAACCCAUCGAGCAACUGGGACAUGCCAGAGCCAUGCCAAGAGGACUGCACGUGCUGCUUCCCCCCAAUGAGCAUGAUCCCGUGGUCUCACCAUCUUUCUAGGAAUCAGAGGAACAACGAAAGCUUGCAGCAACAAGUAUGAGAUUGAUUGAUUGUUUUUAUCACAUUCGAUGUAAAAUUGAAAAUGCUGUAAAUAUAAGUCAAUUUCAGAAACCUCAUUGUUGCUACUCCUGUUCAUGAAUCCAUUAGACAAAAAUUAAUUGGAUCUCCCAUUCGUGUUUGGUUUAA